GGGCGACCGUCCAAGCGACACGACAACCCACCCGACAACCCAUCUUCCUUCGCUUUUCGAGAUACGUUCGAAAAGCGACCUCCAAGGAAACACCGCAAAAAUGGCUGACAUCGAAUACAACGCCGAGGAGGCUGCCGAGAUCAAGAAGAGAAGACAGUUCCGCAAGUUCUCUUACCGCGGCAUUGACCUCGACCAGCUCCUCGACCUCUCCUCCGAGCAGCUCCGUGAUGUCGUCCACGCCCGUGCCCGCAGACGCUUCAACCGUGGCCUGAAGCGCAAGCCCAUGGGUCUCAUCAAGAAGCUCCGCAAGGCCAAGCAGGAGGCCAAGCCCAACGAGAAGCCCGACCUCGUCAAGACCCACCUCCGUGACAUGAUUGUUGUCCCCGAGAUGAUCGGCUCCGUCAUCGGUAUCUACUCCGGCAAGGAGUUCAACCAGGUUGAGAUCAAGCCUGAGAUGGUUGGCCACUACCUGGCUGAGUUCUCUAUCUCCUACAAGCCCGUCAAGCACGGUCGUCCCGGUAUCGGUGCCACCCACUCUUCCCGUUUCAUUCCCCUGAAGUAAACGAUUCGAACGAUUCCCCUUGGAGUGGCGUGUGGUGGAGAUGGUGCUUGGAUCGGAAAAAUGGGAUUCAGUAUCGUCCCAACUGGAUUCUUUUUAUUCAGCUUGUAUUUCCAGAGCGGAUCAGCUGUUUCCAUUUCAAUUUAAGAGCUUGUCGGCAUGAAAAAAAAUCAUUUGGGAACUUGC